GGUGUUUUACUUCAGAGAAAGAAAUACGGAGUUUCCCACGACUUGCGUCACCAAGUGCAAUCCGGGGCCCCCUUUCCCUCCCCCCCUCUUCCCCUUCGAAGCAAAAGAGCGGAUGCUUCUUCUCUCCAUCACCAUCAGCUGCUGGAAGAUAGAGCCAGGGCGCGAGGCAGGGGCGCGCGAGUGCGAACGUGGCAGCCAAGCGCACGUGUGAAUGAACAAAGCGCCUCUCCCGGCGAGGAUCCCAAUCCGUGUCUAUUGUCUGGUAGGAAGAGGAGCGGCUGGCCGGGGUUUUGGAAAGAGUUCUGGAAGCUGAAGUCCCACGAAGAAGCGUGUCCAAACUCUGCGAGAGGAGUGGAUGUAUUGAUUUCUUUUAUUUUUAAACUCCAAAAUGCUCAGCAUCAGGAUGGGACCGUGCAGGACGGAAGGAUAAGGAUGCGCUGUUUCUGACAGGCUGUACAUCGAGUCCAUCUUUCUAACUAGAAAUCUUCUUAUCUUUUCCUGGAAUUCUGACAGUGAAAUGGAACGUACUAUAACUUGGGUGCUGCCUGACAGUGUGAAUGAGGAGACAGAAGAAAUGAAGGCGGAGUCCCUGAAGAAAAGUGAGGAUUUACUGAGACGGACAAACAUUGAAAGGCAGACUAUCACCAAGGAGUGGAAAGACCUGCAAAGGUUCCUUGAAGAGCAAGGAGAACACGUAUUGCAGAGUCUGGAUGAGCUGGAGCGAGAAAUAAUUCGGAGGAGAGAUCAGCCCAUUUGGGAAGGUCCUGAAAGGAGGUCAACUUUUCAAGAGAAUGUAGACGGCAACCAGAAGCCACUUGCAAAUAGCUUCCUGGGAACGAAGAGCAGGACAAAUACAGCAUUUCCUAUUCAAAGUCGCUUUGCGGAACUGGAAGAGAGAAUGAGACAGUUUUCUGAAAAAAGGACUGUAUUGCAGGAAGUGCUGCUGACAUUUAAAGCACAUCACAUGUGUGAGGUGCUGAGGAAAAAGAAAAAGCACUCGAGAGGUACUUGA